UGGACCCGCGGACGUGUCGCGUCCGCGCGUACGUAACGUGUGUAUGUACGCGCGCGUGCACGCGCGCGCGUGCACAUGUACGCGCGUUGCUCCAGUUAGCGAACUUGACGCGUGUCGAACAGCUGCGGACGCCGCGCAUCAGCGAGUCACCGCCGCCGUCUGGUGCGGAUCAAUCGCCCCGGCACCGCGCUUUGUCUCCCCGUCUCUUCCGGGGGAAACACCGCGAUUGUUUCCGCGACGGCUGGCGCGCGUCGGGCCUUGAGAGUUUACACGAUUUCCGGAUAGCCACCUCGGCGGAGCGGGAUGUCUUCUGGCAACAUAUGACAGACUCGGGGCUUGUAAGAUCAGUGUGAUUCCAAGAUAUGCUGCCACUCUCGCACAGUCAGCGCGACUCGCGCUCCAACUUCCGCAGCAGGGUCAAGGAGAAGCUGCUGAGCUGGAAGCGGCUCAUCUUCUCCGACCAGAACACUCGCAAUUUGUUCCUGUUCCUGAUUCUCAACCUGUCCUUCGCCUUCGUCGAGCUGCUGUACGGAAUAUGGACCAACAGCCUCGGUCUGAUCUCAGACAGUUUCCAUAUGUUCUUCGACUGCACCGGCCUGCUGUUCGGUCUAGCGGCGUCCGUCAUCACCAGGUGGCGGGCAAACGACCGAUACUCGUACGGGUACGUCAGAGCCGAGGUCCUGGGCGGUUUCGUCAACGGGCUGCUCCUGUUGUUCAUAGCCCUGUUCAUCAUGUCGGAGGCGGUGGAGCGGGCCAUCGAGCCGCCGGAGAUCAAACACGAGCGGCUCUUCGUGGUCUCCGUCAUGGGGCUGCUAGUGAAUUUAGUGGGGAUAUGCGCGUUCAAGCACGGCCACGGGCACGGGCACGGCCAUAGCCACGGUCACAGUCACGGCGCGAGGGGACACCACGGUCAUUCUCACUCGCAGAAUCACGAGUACUCCUCCCUCCUGAAUCACAACUACGACCAUCACCUCGAAAUGGAGACGUCCUUCAGUGGCACGAACUCGCAAAUCAUGAAGGGCGUGUUCCUGCACAUACUCGCGGACACCCUCGGGUCCGUCGGGGUGAUCAUAUCGGCGGUGCUGAUGCAAAUGUUCGGCUGGAUGAUCGCCGAUCCGAUUUGCUCUAUGCUAAUAGCAGUAUUGAUAGUGUUAAGUGUAAUCUCAUUGAUGAAGGAGUCGUGGGAGAUCCUCAUGCAGAGACAGCCGGUCGCUCUGGACCACAUUCUGCCGCAGUGCUACAACAAGGUGACGCAGAUACCCGGCGUCUACAGCGUGCAGGAGCCGCACUUCUGGACUCUGUGCUCGGACGUGUACGUCGGCUGUCUGAAACUGGAGGUGGCCCGAGAAGUGGAUCCCAAGUCCGUCGUGAUGACCACCCAAAAGAUUUUCCAGACGGCGGGCAUUAGACAGCUCACAGUCCAGCUCGAUUACGCCCCUAUGUGAUCCACGAGAGGCGUCACGUGCAUCGCGGACUGCUGUUACGAGUACAACGGGGGUGUGCCUGCCUGCAAGCUCUGUCACGAGGAGACCGGGGACACGAGGGCGCCGCAGAAUGUCUUCGCUACGUCAAAAGUCUGUGAUUGUGCGCACUGGAAUGGCAAUCAGUAUCACCUUGGACUACAAAUCGUUUGAGGAUCGUGCAUGCCUUAGGAGAGAAACUGCUGACACGGGGGGCGAUUGAAACUUUCUAACAAUUUCUAACCGAAUCAAAUUAAUAACUUCAAACCGUUUCUAAAAACACGACAUACGAUAAGAGAUGUGUUUCUCAUCUUGAUAUUAGACACUAAGACGAAUGGUCAGUUACAUUUUCUCCUCUCCGGAACAAAUGUGUCCACAUUUGUUCAGUUUUUAUAUAAAUACUUUACCUCUGUCGGAGCAAAGGCUCAUCUCUGUUUCUACGAGCCUUGACUUGUAAUUACAUUCAUCGUUACAAGGAAGCAUUUCAGAUUCCGGUUUAAUUUAGCUGUAUCGUAAUAUAAGAGUAGCAUUGCUUAGAUUUUUUAUUUUUGCAAUGAUACCUUAAGGGUGCGUUUGUAUGAAUAUUUUUUAACGAGACUUCCGAGAACAAGAGAUAGUGCUGAAUCUUACAUGAUUUGUACAAUACGAACUGUUUGAGAACAUUCUCGGUUUCUAUAAGAUUAAAUUACCAUAAGUUUGGAAUGGGGCAAUCGUGUGUAAGGACGCAAGCGGCCAUAACAAUCUGGAGACAGCUGUAGAGAGCUAGUCAUAUCUGUGCAAGAAAUGAGGAAAGUAGCGCAAAUAACACGCAUAAUGUGAAAGAAUACUUUUACACGAGAAUAUACCUACCAUUUUUAUACAAUGAUCUAAAAGAGGGGUUGCUAUUUCUAUUUUUCCGUCCGUGCUAAGUAUUACCUUCCUCUUUACUGCAAUACUCCGAACCCAGAAACGUGACUUAGCAUGCGUGGAACAUUUGUUGAGUGACCGUACCGGUUAUGUAUGCACAAUCUGUUGGACGAAUUUGUGUAAUAUUAUUUGUAUAUAAUUUAUGAUUAUGUUAUUAGGCUAUUAGUGCCGAUUGUAGCCAAAUAAAAUGGAAUAUCGCAAGUUAACGAUCGAGUGAAAGGCCGAAGCUUGUGCCCGAAUCCGAGGGAUCUGGACGCGAGAAUUCUAAAAUAUCUUCUCCUUGAUUCACCAUGUAGAACACUUUCUUCCUAAACGCAAUGUCAACGUUUUGGAUCCUGAGAGCGCUAAAGACGAUCGAGAAAUUGUUAAAUGCGAUCUUUCCUAAAUCUUAACUUCACGAUUACAUAAUUAAACGACCAAAUACAUGGAUUUGUAAGUAACGAUUUCAUUGCAUCUCUAAGAAAUCAAGUUGACCAGCAGGAGCGACAUUUACAUUCCACGUGUGUUAUAUUAAUAUAUAUUAUAAUAUAUUUAUAAUCAAUACGCAUAAUAUAUAUUAAUGUACACGCGCACAUAGAGAAGUCAAGGCAUCGAUUUGUGAUGACGCAGGCCAAAAUGUUGUGUUAUGGAUAAUAGGAUAUUUGCAAUAGGACUUUCGAUUAGGUUCAUUUUACUAAAGAAUAUAUUGUUAUCUAUCACGGUCGCGUGUCAGACGCGAUAUAAUUAACGAUAUUUCUUUGCGAUAGUUUUAGCGAUAAUUCUUUGCUAAGACGAAUCGAGCGCGUUCGAGAGGAAACGCGAUAAUAGGUAUGCGAAUCUUGUUACGUUUUCCUAAUUACUGUCAUUGUAUAGAUUUAUAAAUGCGCGGAUUGCGUGUGAUUAUUAUAAAAAAGAAAUAUGUAAGUAAUAAAGAUACGUACUUGCGAAA